AUGCAUGUUGAUUACAUAAAGAUCUAUGUAGAUGGUGUAGUGGAAAAAUAUAAAGGUUAUCCAAUCCCGCCACACACAAUGAAGCCUGAGGAAGUAACUGAUAUGGGUAGUACACAAGGAAAUUUUAUUCAAUGGCCUAGAAAAGCCAUAAAGCUUUUAAACACUGAUUCUCGUCAAGAAUCAGAUGCUUAUCAUCAACAACCACCACCCGACUAUUCUGAGUGUUAUAUGCCAGCUCCGCCUGACGAAGGACACAUGGAAUUUCAAGAAGAAGUUAACACUGGAGUGAGUUUUAUGGAUUUGCUAAAUAUUGAGAUUCCAAUACCACCGAGUCAUAACAAGGAUGUUGCUGAUCCUAAAGUUAUUGAGACUGCUCCUACUCGGCCUGUUCGUAGCGAGCAUGUUCCUAUACCGCAUGUCUCCACUGAGCCUGUUCCUACACAACCUGUCUCCACUGAGCCUGUUCUUGCACCGCUUGUCUCUACUGAGCCUGUUCUUGCACCGCGUGGGUCUACUGAGCCUGUUCGUACAACACCUGUUUCCAAACCGAAGAAAAAAAAUACAAACAUCGCUAAACUUUUGAGAAAGGUAAAGAAAAGGCGGCCUGAAAACAUAUAUAGAUUAGUAGAAGAAUUGGCGCUUAAAGCUAACGAAAGCGCAACGGUUGCGGUUACUUCGCCAAACGGAAUGUACAAGGAACCUGAAGUUGAGCACGUUGAAAUAAAGGAAUUAAUGAAUCUAUCUCUUGACAAAUGGGCGGAGCUCGGAACUUUGAAUUGGUAUUUAUAUGCUUUGGGAGAGAUAAACAGCUUGAAUAAAACUGCGUAUUUUAAUCCUCAUUAUAUUGCAUUAAAUGCAAUUGAAGCAAAUGAAAACCUUGCCAUAAAUCAUAUUAAAUCUGUCAUGAAGUAUCAUAAGAAAAGACAAUAUUUUAUGGCACCAUAUUUAGCCGGGUAUUAG